AUGUCAGAGCUGGACAAUUUUCCCCCCGUGAGGGAAACCAGGGGACCUGAACUGGGCCUUAAUGGUCCCGCAGACCCAGCACAGAUUCAGCACAGCAUCCUAGAGGAGCAAGUGGAGCUGUGGUGGUUCAGAGAUCCUGGGAAGUCUGUCCUCUGCUACUGCAUCGCUGUGAUUCUAAUCCUGGGUUGCGGACUGGGAGGCGUCGGCCUUCUUUCGACUACCACCAGUGUCUCAAGUGAAUGGAGGCUUGGCACAGGCACUGCCUUGUGCCUGCUAGCCUUGGGGGUCUUGCUCAAACAACUGCUCAGCUCAGCUGUGCAGGACAUGAAUUGUGUUCGAAGCCGACAGCGGAUUGACAUGCUAAAGAGCGGCGGUUUAUCUGACCUCCUAGUGGUUUUGAUUACCGGGCUGUCACUGUUGAUUUGUGGAGGGGUUCUACUACGUCUGGCCCUUGCUAACCAUAUGCCAAAGCCCGGCCAAGCCCUUAAUGACAUGUAUAUUUCUGGAAUGGUUUUGCUGGCUGGAGGUGGAGCUGCAGUUGUAGGUGUUGGGAUAUACUGCGUAGUGGUGGUCCUUCUGGAAAGGACGAGGCACGGAAGACGGUUGGUAGACCGGAUUUUGCACAUCUUCACAGUUUCAGGACAUAUGGAUCGUCACGCUCGAAGGGAGACUACCUCCAGUUUGGCUAACCUUAUAUGAGAUGCAACCCCAGUAAAGCUUUCCUUCUUUUUUUUGCCCACUGGCUCAAAUGAAUUAGAACGGGCUUUAUGCCCAGAUAUUACAAGACACUUAUUUUUACCUCACAUGCUUCAGCAGACUGUGUGAGAUAAAAUAAGUUGAGUUUGUAACACAUUCUCAGUGAACAUGUUAGUUAUUGGCAGUCAAAUCUCUGUCAUGGAGUAAGGAUGCAAAAAUGGAAAAGUGGCAGACUGAAGAAUUGGAUGCUACUGUACAUGGCAAUGGUCAGCAUUUUAUCCAUAUUUGGUAAAUGUUACUCCAUUCUCAUGGGACAAAUGCCAAAAUAGUGGCAGAAGCUUGGCUUAAUAAGACUGUUUGGAUACACAAUACUGACACAAAAGCAUGGAGAAGACACACAAAGCAACAAGAAAGUUUACUCAAGUAGUAUUUAAGCCGAUAAAUUAUAAGCACAGUUUUUAUCUCGAGGAGAAGCAGGCUACAACUGAGUACGAUUAAACUGCGGCGGGAAUAAAUCCCGUGAAUGAACUUUGAGCUUUCCUCCAUCUAUGUUUAAACUAAAAAUGACAAGAACUGUAAGUCUACAACCAAACCAACCUAUGUUGUCCUCGAAAGAUGACAUGAGGGUUUUUUGAGGUCUCAUUUGGAGGGCGGCACGUCCAAGGUAAUGUAUGUGAUUUGCAUCUGUGACCCAUCUUGUCAAAGUGACCUGGGACCACACAUUUGACCACCACCUGCUCACUGAGGCUCACGCUGUUGAGGAUAAGAGAAUCAACUCAGUAGCUCAAAUAUAAAUGGAAUAAGACAAAUGGGACAGUAUGAAUAUGAAAAAAAAAAAAAUCCUCUUUAUAAUUUGUGAUUUAUGUCCCAUCCUCACUCUGUUCAUGUGCAAAUGCAAAUUUUGCCUAUCAGCAUAUUGGAAUGAUGAAUAUGAGGGAUUCUUUGGGAGUUUUUUGCCUCAGUUUAAUAAUAAUUUAACAUAGUUCAUGCAGUAGAAAUAUAGUGUUUGUGGCAAACUGUCAAAACAAAGACAACAUGAUUGUUGGAAAAUUAUAUCACAGCACUUUAGAAUGUAUAAUUUGUGUUCUUUGUGCAUCAACACUGUACUGUCUUAAUUGUGAAUC